AUGAGAAAAAAGGUAUAUGAUAAAACUGUGUCUGGUUACUCAACGUCAUUUGAGCAACCCCAAAGGACAGUUUGUCGCAGUUAUUUUGUAAUACGUGGGACGGUGAUCAGUGUCAUUAAAAUAGAUGGACCACCUGAAGAUGAGGGAGCAGAUAAUUUCGCUGUGUAUAAAUAUACUAUACUUAUCAUUAGGAAAUUGAAGGGACCCGCCCAGAUAAAGACAGGCAACGAGGUUAUAGUUGAGACAUCAGGGAAUGGCGCCCUUUGUUCACUCAGCCUGACUGUUGGAGAAGAAUAUGUCUUAUCAGGAGCUCAAACAGCAGCUGGUGAACUUCGAAGCUUUUCUUAUGAUAUUGUUUAUAAGGUCAAAGACCUUGGGAAAAUGCCAUUGAUUCGGGAUUACUUGUUAGGGACUGGUAGAACUACAUAUAAAAGAAACUGUAACCGUGGAUGCACGGAUAUCAGCGUAACAUCUAGUUACUGCAAGACGCCGGAUUGGACUGAUCCAAAUUUUUUCUUUGCUAUACAUUGCUUCUCGUACAACGCACUCUGUCAUAUGAGAAAUAGUGAAUGCAGUUGGUACAAUGCGGACAGCUGUCAACUAAGUGUCAUGACAGUUCGAAUUCCUUAAAACAAUAAACAAUAGUUGAAUAAACGUUAUGA